AAUGAAUAAUUAUUUGCAAGAAAUUAAUUAAGCAUAUGUCUAGUCUGAAAAAAGGAAAGAAGAAGAGGCCAGUAGCAAUAGAAGCAGCAACUAUUUCUUGGCAAGAGAAAAAGGAUGUUGCUGAUAAAGAAGAAGUUGCAUUAAACAAGGAAAUUCAAGAUCUUAUACAAUGGACAGAAAUGAUAGAAGGUAUGGACGAUGAGCAAUUAAAAGAAUAUGUGAAAAACAGACCUGACCAAUUGAAGACUGUGAAGAUGCAGAAGAGCAAGCCAAGACAAAGAGUUCAACAGGUUAGAAAGGAUAAAGGUUCAACCUCAAAUGGGAUAAUGGCUUCAGUAUGGAAAUUCCACAAGGAAGAUAAUGGCAACUGUUCCUUGACAUUUGGUUCUUGAAACUUUCAAUUGCAAACAAAGGAUUCAACAGAGUUCAGAUUCCAUCAAUGCUAUAUUUUAGAUAUAUCUGACCCAAUCUUAACUUUUCUCUCUAUAAUAUAAUGAAUUUCUCCGGAAAAAGAAAACCGACGAUAAUUAUUAUAUCGACAAUAGUUCAAUUGAAACUGAAAUUAUCAUUCGAGCUGUUAACUUUCGGACUCCAAUUAAGUGUA